GGCACAGGGCUGUCCUGCCACAGCUCUGUGACAUCACCAUGCCUAUAUAAGCCGGGCCAGCCCCCGCGGCUGCCAGUGCAGUCGCGAUGGGACGUGCCGGAGCCAUGUGUGACGGUGGCGUCCUCAUGACCGCGCUUGUCCUGCUGCUGGCCGCUGUGGCUGUCUGGUGGGCCCUUGGCCGCUGGCAACCACGGAGGCGGCAGACAAGGACACCAAAGAGGCGCAAGCGCCCCGGGGUCCGGCCCAGAGGCUCACGGAGGAACCGAGGAGCCCCUGCGGCUCCCAGGCCCUCCAGGCCUCGGCCGACCCCUCGCCAGCGGCCAGGUGCUCCCGCCAGCCCCCUGGACGGCUCCUGCAGCUGCGGCCCCUGCGUGGCAGUGGCCCAACAGCUGCAGGAACUGAUGAGCUUGCUCUGGGCUCGCAAUGGGACAUCUGUGCCGCUCUACGAUGGGAUGUGGCAGGCCUUGUGGGAAGAACUGGAGGAGCUGGUGAAGCGAGGCCACCUGCCCUGCUGUGGCUCGCCCAGCUCCUUCAGGAGCCCCCAUCCCAUGAGGAGGCAGCUCCCAGGAAGCUUCUCCAUCCCUGGGAGAGCCUCAAGCCUUGCAAGGAUGGCGCAGCAGCAGACACCCGCCAUCCCUGCAAGAAGCUCAGGCUGUCAGGGAACGUCCAUCCUGCCUGGAGCCUCGGCUAUCUCUGACAGCCUCCAUCCCUCAGAGAGGCUCAGUGAGACCUGUCAGCGGGCAGAAGGUGCAGAGCCCGUGGACAGGUCUCCCAGCUCCCCUGGACCCGUCGACGUCAACAACACGGGCGCAACCCUGAGCGCUGACGUGGCCAGGGAAAGCCCGCGAGUCCAGGUGGGAGCCCAGCCCGAUGCAGGGGAGCCAUCUCAGGAGCAGGUGGCGGAGCAGCAAGUGUCCUGCAGCCGGCAGUUGCCGGCCCACGGCUCCCAGGACGCUGUGCCGGCGGGCAACAGCCCGUGCCUGGUGGAGGAGGCGAUCCUCCAGAGACCUGGAGACCUCCAUCUCCUGGAAGCUGCUCUGACACAGCCACCGACUACCGGGAAGGCCCUAACAGAAGCUGCUCCUGGGACCCCCCUGUGCGACACCUCGGGCUGCAGCCCCGGCCGUCCAGAAGAGCAGAGUCCGGCCCAGGACGCCGGGGCCAGCGACGGUGCCGCCGCGCCCCGCUGCCCCGCGGCUCCUGCAGCCGCCUGUGCGUGCUGCCCCGGCCCAGCCCUGCCGCUCACCGGCCCGACGGCUGCAGGGCGGGGGCCGCUGCCCGGCGCGCAGCAGGAAGCAGGGCAAAAGAAGGAGCUGCAGGAGCUGUACCUGCUGGGCCCGCAGCUGGGGAGCGGUGGCUUCGGCACCGUUUUCUCGGGGACCCGCCUCUCGGACGGGAGCCCGGUGGCCAUCAAGCACGUGGCCCGGGAGAGCGUCCUGCAGUGGGACGAGCGGGUGAGUGAGCGGGGCCUGCGGGCCAGAGCGGGUCGUGGCGGGCAGGGGGCAGCGGAGGCACAGGGUAGCUCCAGCUGGCCUGCUGGAGGCAUUGUCUUUUCCUCACAGCCCGACGGCAGCCGUGUUCCAAUGGAGAUCGUGCUGAUGGAGAAGGUGGGCUCUGGCUGCCGCAGCAUCAUCCAGCUCCUGGACUGGUUCGAGCUGCCUGACAGCUUCGUGCUGGUGCUGGAGCGCCCGGAGCGAUCGCAGGAUCUCCUGCAGCUCCUGCAGCAGCAGGAGUUCCUGAGCGAGGAGGCGGCGCGCUGGCUUUUCUGCCAGGUGCUGGAGGCCGUGCGGCACUGCACCGCCUGCGGCGUCCUGCACCGGGACAUCAAGCCAGAGAACCUCCUCGUGGACCCGGAGAGUGGCGACCUGAAGCUCAUCGACUUCGGUUGCGGCACCUUCCUCCAGGAGCGGGCCUUCACUCAAUUUGCCGGAACACGCACGUACUGCCCACCCGAGUGGAUCUGCCAGGGCCGCUACCACGGCCAUGCGGCGACCAUCUGGUCCCUGGGGGUGCUGCUCUAUGUCAUGGUCUGCGGGUGCCUCCCCUUCGAGGACGACCGUGAGAUCCUGCUGGGGGAGCUUAUCUUCAGGCCGCAGGUCUCUCCAGAGUGCCGACACCUGAUCCGCUGGUGUUUGGCCCAGCACCCCGCCGACCGGCCGCAGCUGGACCAGAUCUUCCGCCACCCUUGGGUGUGGGCCGGCUGCCUUUGAUGCCUUGCUGGCGCCUCUGCAGCCCCCAGCUACCGAGUCCCACGCAGGACUGAGGGCCGGAAAAAUAAAACAACCACCGACCCGUUG